ACGUGAAUUUACCAACAAUACAAAAGAAAAGAAAAUCUCAAACAACUGAACUGAACAAAGUUUCUCCAAAAAAUAAAAAUGGCUGCCACUAUGAGUUUGACUAAAAACUUCACUACCCUUUCUAUUCCUCAAUCCUUUCACCCUCAAAAUGGAACUCAAAUUGUCCGGCACUUACAGCGCAUUCCCAAUUCCAAUUACAGUGUUCCAAGUGUCAGAUUACACAGAUUUGGGUCCAGAAUCGAAAACAAUGGUCCCCGAAAAAUCGGUCGGGUGCAGAUUCGAGCGAUGUCGGGUUCAUUCGGGUCCCGAUUGGAGGAGAGCGUGAAAAAGACUAUUACCGAAAACCCAGUAGUUGUCUACUCCAAGAGUUGGUGUUCGUACUCAACUGAGGUGAAAGUUUUGUUCAAGAGACUUGGUGUAGAUCCUCUUGUUAUUGAAUUGGACGAAAUGGGUCCCCAAGGACCACAACUGCAGAAAGUACUGGAAAGGCUUACUGGACAGCAUACGGUUCCCAAUGUAUUCAUUGGGGCCAAACACAUAGGUGGUUGCACAGACACGAUUAAGCUGUAUCGGAAAGGAGAACUUGAAUCUUUGCUAUCGGAAGCUAAAGCUGGUAAAAGAGAGAGCUAGGCCCUCUUGAGCUAUCCAUGCAUGCCAAGUGAUCCUAUCUCUGGCUCUCCUUGUACGCAUUAUUCUUCCAGAUCUCUGAUAUAUUUAUUAUGUUGUUCCCUUACAAGUAAAUCUUGCUUCUGAUUGGAAACUCAUUGUUGAAGCAGGAAUCUAUGUUGAUAUAACUUCAUUCAUGAGUUUAUAACUGAAUUUCUUCCUUCCUCAAAGACUGGUUUUGUACUUUGCAAUAUUGACCAGCACUUGCACUUCUCUUAUUUAUGAGAAACUAUAUCAAUUGAAAACGAAAUAAGAAUUUGGUGUUUGUCUGU